GCAGACGUUUGUAGUCUUAGUCCGCAAUCGCUACUAAUUGCUAGCACAAGCUGUUGCGAUCCGCAUGUCUUCGGACUUAAUGUCCCUGGAGAAUUCAGGCCUACUGGAUCGCGUCGCUGAUCUGGAACGGCGAAGCGUGGAACAAGCUGACGAUUUGGUCGGUCUAAAGAAUUCACUAGCGGAUUGCCUUCGACGUCUUAGUCUGCUUGAAUCCGGUCAUGACGCAAACAUAUCUUCUGGACGCAGUGCUCCUACCCGUUCAGAGUUACCUUCCAGUCGGCGUGGGAAUUCCAAAAACCGCCCCGGUCAUUGUGCACCCAACUCAGCACAUGGGGCACAGCACGGUGGAACCAAAAGCUCAUCUUUACACGCGUUGGAUCGCAACGCGGCUGUUCUCGGAUCCAAGGAACCUACCUACAUUGCAAACGAUGGGGUUUUGCGCGUCUACUUGCACGGACGUGCCAUCACAGUGUAUCUUCCCUCGGCCUUGAUGGAAAACUUCGACCUUAAGGCUUUGCAACCAGCACCAGAUCAAACUUUAAAGUUGGAGUGGGUUUACGGCUAUCGUGGACGGGACUGUCGCAACAAUUUGUAUUACUUACCUACGGGAGAGCUCAUCUAUUUUGUCGCGGCUGUUGUAGUUCUGUACAACAUUGAAGAGCAGUGUCAAAGGCACUACCUGGAACACACAGACGAUGUAAAGUGCUUAGCUCUUCAUCCUGACCGUAUCACGGUGGCCACAGGACAAGUUGCCGGACACACCAAGCCUUACGGAAAGCCUCACGUGCGCGUUUGGAGCUCCGUUGAUCUUCGCACACUCCGAAUUAUUGGCGUGGGCGAUUUUGAACGCGGUCUUUGCUGCGUUUCUUUCUCCAAAACGGAUGGUGGCAACCGUUUGUGUGCUGUCGAUGAUGGCCAGGAACACAUUAUUUCAGUGUGGGAAUGGCAAACUGGUCGGAAAAUAACUGAUACGAAAUGCUCAAAUGACCCAGUUGUUGCUGCCGAAUUCCAUCCAUUGGAUGAGUCCUCCAUCGUUACAUGCGGCAAGAAUCAUUUGAGUUUCUGGACUUUGGACGGAGCCACCCUUAGCAAGAAAUCAGCCAUAUUUGAGACUGGGAAAAUAUCUUGUGAAAAACCCAAAUUUGUGCUGUGCAUGAUCUUCACUGAAAUGGGAGAUCUUCUCACCGGUGACUCAUCCGGGAACAUACUAGUCUGGAAACGAGGCACCAACACCAUCAGCCAGAUUUGUAACAGUGUCCACGAAGGAGGGAUCUUCUCACUGUGUCUCACUCAGGACGGCCAUCUGAUUUCGGGCGGAGGUAAGGAUAGACGCAUUGUGUUUUUCGAUGCAGCUCUAAACCCAACGGGUGAGGUUCGCGAGUUGCCCGAGCUGCACGGUUCCGUUCGAACCAUUGUCCAGGGCCCGGGAGAGAUGCUUCUCAUCGGAACAACAAGAAACACAAUACUACAGGCCGGUCCUGGCUUUGAGCUUAGCUCACUCAUUUUCGGUCAUUCUGAUGAACUUUGGGGAUUGGCGACGCACCCAGAAACCCACCAAUUUCUCACUUGCGGCUACGAUCGCUUGAUUGUCCUUUGGGACUCUCUUUCCAAACAAGCCGUGUGGAUGAAGGAAAUAAACGACCCAAUACAUUGUGCCUGUUUUUAUCCUGGCGUUACCUCGAAUGGAGUACUUGCGGAUGGCGAUUGUGAACUCGCGGACCUGUCCUCAGGCAGUCCACAUCUCGUUGCACUAGGCUCAGUUUCAGGGCGCUGGUUAAUCAUGGACACCACGAGGCGCGAAAUCGUCGCUGCGCAUUCCGAUGGCAUCGGGGAGCAGAUCCAAUGUAUUGCUUACUCUCCCGACGGGCAGUACAUUGCACUAGCCUCACGGGACAACUUCAUCUAUGUAUACCAAGUGCUAGAAAACGGACGCAAGUAUUCCCGCGUUGGCCGGUGCUCAGGCCACUCCAGCUUUGUGCUACACGUUGACUGGUCCUUCGACAGCCGAUACCUGCGAUCGUGUUCAGGUGACUACGAGCUGCUUUACUGGACUGCAAGCGAUUGUCGGCAGAUCGUGGCACCAAGUACUCUGCGGGAUAUCGAUUGGCAUACUCAUACUUGCACCAUCGGCUGGGAUGUGACAGGUAUUUGGCCGGAAGGAGCUGAUGGCUCUGACAUCAACGCUUGCGAUGUGUCAUUGAACUCCAACCUUCUUGUGACCGCGGACGAUUACGGCAAAGUGCGACUGUUCCAUUAUCCGUCUCCACGACCAAAGGCACAAAGUCACGCAUUCAAUGGCCACUCCAGUCAUGUCACGAACGUGAAAUUUCUUUACGAUGGGUCCCGUUUGAUUUCUGCUGGUGGAUCGGACACUUCCGUGUUACAAUGGGAGGUUUGCGUUUAAGCCUCCCGUGCACACACUGGCUUUCGCUACUGCGCCCAUUCGGAUUCAUCAACAGCAUUCGCACUCGCCUCCUGGAAAUGGUUGCACCGCAGCACGAUACUGUGCUCAAGAUGCACGUUUUUUGUAGGCAGCUCGCUCUUCGUGUUCUGGGUGGGCUGUUGUGGUUUCCCUGCCUCUCCGAUAUUUUCCGCUUAUUUUUUCUUCCUUAUUACCACUGUUGUCCACGUGUUUAUUUUUUGUUGUCUGCUUCACCUUUAUUUAUAUUUUUCUUUGCAUCAGUACUCACUCCCUGACGCAGCUUCGCUAGUGUCUAUUCCUCAUCGAUCUCUCAUCAGAGGAGAGAUUUCCACAUUGGCCAUUUGCUAUUGGCUGUCCUUCAGCUGAAAUGCAUUCGCAUUCCAUUCUCACUCCUGUUACGGGUGAUGUUUCUUUCCAUUCAGUUGGCAAUGAUGUUGUCCGUAUUGUUGUCCCCUCAUUUGCUUUCUCUCUCACUUCGUUUCGUCUCCGUAUUUUGGAUGUGAAUGUUACUUCACCCAUUGAUCACUGUUUUAACUGGCGAGCUUUUAGAACCAAACCACAUUAUCUCUCAGUCUGACUUCUUUUCUGCUUGAUUUUGAAUGUUCAUUUCUCCAUUAUCACUUCACAUUCGGUAGAUGGUCAUGCCUUAUUGCUUCUUUAGAUGAACAAAUUGUAUUACACAAUAUACCUUUAGUGAAUACUAUCAUUAUCUUAAAUUAGAAUCCUUUCCUCGCCCUUUCCCACGAGCCUAAUCACAAUGUUCAACCUGCUGCCGGGAUUAUGAUUCAACCGUCUGAAAUGGAAAACCAACGCAGGCUAAUGUACUUUAGCAUUUUUG